CCAAACGGUUGGCUGGAAGAGGCGGAGCGGAUGUCCACCUCACUCUGUUGCGGGUGUUGUCCGCCCCCCACGCACACACUCAACGCCUUCCAUCCCCUCCUCGCGGGCAGCAGCAGUUCACUUCAUUGUAGCGCGCGAGCCUCUCCAAUUAGGCGAGAAUUGGGCAGUUUUAGAUGCGAAGUGUGCCCCGCGGCCCGCCGGGGGAGGACCCAGAACCGCCAACAAGAGGCUCGGACAAGUUCUGAGUGCGAGGAAGCCCGGGGGGAGACGCGAAACGCAGUCAUGCCCUCAGUGAUGGAGCGCUCAGGCGCAGGGGUCCUGUCCAGGAGCAGAGCCAAAACCGUUACCAACGGCAACAGCCAACCACACUCUGAGGAAGAGAGCAGCGAUGAAGAGCACGCUCAUGACAGCAUGAUCCGAGUGGGAGGAGACUACCAGGCUCAGAUCCCAGAGUUCAAACCAGCAGACACUCCAUCUGGCUGCAGCGAGAAGGACCAGAGGAGCAUGCUGGUCUGGUGUCCCAACAGUCAGCUCUCUGACACAAUGUUGGACGAGUACAUCCUCAUGGCUAAAGAGAAGCACGGAUACAACAUGGAGCAGGCUCUGGGCAUGUUGUUAUGGCACAAACACGACGUGGAGCGCUCACUGGCCGACCUGGCCAACUUUACACCCUUCCCAGACGAGUGGACGAUCGAGGAUAAAGUUCUGUUCGAGCAGGCCUUCAGCUUCCACGGCAAGAGCUUCCACCGCAUCCAGCAGAUGCUUCCUGACAAGCUGAUAUCCAGCCUGGUGAAGUACUACUACAGCUGGAAGAAGACCAGGACCAGAACUUCAGUGAUGGACCGACAGGCCCGAAGACUGCUCAACAAGAGAGAGAAAGAUGACAGUAAUGAUGAGGUGGAGGAAGGAGAGCCAGGCAGCGACAGCGACUUUGAUGUCGAGGCAAAGAAAGAGGCGCUGAAGCAGAACCCCAGCAGCACCAGCUCAGACAAACCCGUUCCCAGCCGCUCAGGACCCAUCAAGAAGGAGAGCGUGGGAGCUCAGUACAGACACCACCCGCUCAGGUCGCGCCGCAGGCCGCCUAAAGGCAUGCACCUGGACCAAGCGGACAUCAUGGCGCUGUCGGCCUCUCAGGACGCGGGCGCGGUGACUGUCCGGCAGCUGGACACUCACCUGGUUUCUCUUAAGAGACAGGUUCAGUCCAUCAAACAGACCAACAGCAGUCUGAAACAGAGUUUAGCUGAAGGCCUGGACUCCUGCAAACCAGCUGAGUCCGUGCCUAAGAUGAACUCUCGCUGGACCACAGAGGAGCAGCUGCUGGCGGUUCAAGCUAUUCGUCGCUAUGGGAAAGACUUCACCGCCAUCGCUGAAGUGAUCGGCACCAAGACAGCAGCUCAGGUGAGUUCCUUCUUCGUGAGCUACCGGCGCCGCUUCAACCUCGACGAGGUGCUGAGGGAGUGGGCGGCCGAGCAGGUGGCCACCAACCGAGACCAGAGAGACCCGAGGAGGAGCGUGGAGGAGAUGUCGGCAGAUGGAGCGUCAGAAGAACAUGAGGUAAAGAUGGAGGACUCUCCUGCAGACUCCUCCAGCAGCUCCUCUCCCCCCUCUGCCACUCAGACCACCUCCUCCCUCUCCCAGCCCCCUCCCCUGCUGCGCCCGGCUCCUCCAACAGGACCCCCGAGUCUCCUCCGCCAGCCGCCGCCCCUUCAGACGCGACCGCUCCAGAGCAGAGCGCCACACAACCACCCUCCUCCUCCGCUCAUCCGGCCUGCAGUCACCUCCUCCUCCAGCCUCAGGGGUUCCCCUCCCAGCUCCUCGUCUUCCUCCGCCGCCACGCAGAUGCCCCCCUCGCUGGUGGGGCUCAAAGUGGAGCAGCCCAGCUCCCACUGACACGCUCAGAGGAGGACAGCAGGAGAAAGGGACCUGUGGCUCUCAACCAUGAUCUCCUCAGAAUCCCACGCUCCACCUCUCAGCGCCCCCUGCUGUCCGCACCAACACCUACCUCCACAACACCAGGCUCGUGCACACCACCCUCAAGAGGAACUUGACCCGUGCACACCUCCAUCUUUAUACCAAAAGACACCAAACUGACCAGUUUCAUCUCCAUGGAGAUCUGUAGUUUCACCGGUACGAAGAUUCAGGAUUUGAACCUCAAGUUCAUGGUUCAAACCCGUGGAAGGGCUGCAUUGAUAUGUGGAGGGAGGAUUCUAGCUGUCCUGUCUGUGAAAACUGUAGCUAGAUGGUUAGUGAGUGUAGUUUAGGUUCCUAAUUAUUGACUGAGCACUCGAGAGAAGGAAAAUAACUUAAACUAUUUCCAGUUUACUUCAAACGGAGGGAAAAUUUGACCUCCCACAUUCUUUAAAAAAAGCACAAAAAGUUGUUGGGCUUAAAAGAAAAAAAAGUUUACAAUUCUGGUCAACUUCCUGGUUGUUUAGACACUGGAAAACACGUUAGAGCGCUUCAGAUCAUGUGUUCAUGAGGACAAAGAGAUACACUUUCUGCUGGAAUCAUUCAGCUUCUGACUAAAACUUUACUGUAAAAAUGUUUUUCUGUUUUUAUAACUUGACCAAAAAUGUCGUUUUCAUUUCAUUUGUGACAGUAGUCCCACACUGAAUGACUGAUGUCACCUUCUGACAGCCUUUUCUCACAUUUCUGUUUGGUUUGAGAGAACACUGUGGAAACAGGACGCUUUGUGUUACGACUUUAAAUAAACACAUGACCAAAUAGUU